AUAAAUUGGAUCUCUUGAGUAAAGUAAACUUUAAAGCCUGUCUGUCUAACCAUGGCGCUUCAAGUGAGAGCUGUGCUCACUUCUAAAUGGCUCGCCGAGGCCAUGAAGGUUGAGGGGAAAAUGCGCGUCUUGGACACUUCUUGGUAUUUGCCCAAAAUGCGGCGCAACUCCAAAAACGAGUUUAAGAAGAGGCACAUCAUGGGCGCAGCUUUCUUUGACAUUGACCAGUGCUGUGACAAAACAUCUCCUCUAGACCACAUGCUUCCGUCAGAGGAGAUUUUUGCAGAUUACGUUGGGAAAUUAGGGAUAGAAAGGGACACGCACGUCGUGGUGUACGACGCCAGCGAGUUUGGCGCGUUCUCUGCGCCCCGUGUGUGGUGGAUGUUCCGGGUGUUCGGCCACAGCUCGGUGUCAAUGCUUAAUGGGGGGCUCCGGAACUGGUUGCUGGAGGGUCGACCGGUGAGUGACCAGUACGCGAGACCAGCACCGACAGAGUUUAAGGCUUCUUUAAACCGCGCCUGGAUAAAGACCUAUGAGGAGAUACUGGAUAACCUGGACACCAAAGAGUUCCAGGUGCUGGAUGCCAGACCUGCUGGCAGGUUCAAAGGAUUGGACCCUGAACCCAGAGACAACACAGAGCCAGGCCACAUCCCUGGCUCCAUCAGUGUCCCCUUCCACACCUUCCUGUCCCCGUCGGGUCACUUCCUACCGAAAGAAAAACUCCAGGCUCUGUUUGGCCAGGCUGGCGUGGACCUUAGCCGCCCUAUUUGUAUCCUGUGUGGCUCGGCUGUCACUGCGUGUCAUGUGGCGCUGGCGGCCCACGAGUGCGGGCAUCCUGGGGUGUCAGUUUAUGAUGGAGGGUGGUCCGAAUGGUACACUCGUGCUGUGCCUGAGCAUGUCAUAUCGGAAGGACGAGGGAAACAUUUGUGAUUGGUUCAGGAUGGGAGGAGUUGUGGUUAAUGGGUUCAAACUGGUACUAGGCAACAUGCUAGUUUUUGUGUGCUAAGUUUAAAAGAAAAUGUUAGACAUUUAGGAUAUACUGAUUUUUUUUCUUGGCAAGUGAAAGGAGAUGAUCAAUACCUCUCUUGUGUUUGUAUGCUGUGUAGUUAUGCACAGCAGCUUGUUAGCCUAGCUAAGCAUACAGUGUGGAAACAGGACAACACAGCUAGCCUUUAAAAAUAGACAAAGACAUUAUAUAUAUAUAUUUGUCUAAAUGCUUAGCUAAGCUAAUCAUUAGCUUACAGAUAUUGAAGAGGUAUUGGCCCAUUUUUGUGGCUAAUAGGAAAAUUUCACUGUACUUUAAACUAUUCCUAUAACAAAAAAAACUAGUAGUUCAUCCAGGAAACAUACAAACAUCUCUAAGAGACAUUUCUUUCUUUCAAAACCAAUUAAAGAUGACCAACAGGAUGCCCCACAAGCAACCAUCCUACUUUCUCAGGUGCCAGUCGGUUGCAGGAAUAUACAAUGAGAGAAAAAAAAAAAAUCCGCCACACACUGAAAAUUCUUUACUGUAACUUUAUUGUGAGAUAUGCUUGGCAAACCUGAGGAAGCUAAAGGCAAUACAUGUUGUUCGCUCAAAAUGAAGUGCAGUUAAGUAUUUUCAGUGUGCAGCUGAUUAUCUAUUUCUUUUCCCAUGAUGACUUGACUGAAGUACCAGUAUUGUGUGAACACUAAAGUAGACAUUAUAAUGACUCAAAGAGAAACUGGAACAUUUUUGUUUACAGCUGUAAUGCAUGUAUUGGAAUAAAAUAGAGCUGAAGUGUAAAUUGCA